AGUUGUCAGCUCGAGCGGUCGGAGUCGUCAGGCCCGGCGGAUUGUUUUGGGAGAAUUCCGAGUGAGUGAGUGAGUGAGUGAAUGAGUGAGUGAGUGAGUGAGUGAGUGACUCCUCCGAUUCCUCAUCAUGAUUCCCACUGAGGACGCGGCCGCCAGGAAGAGAGAGAUCGAGGACAAACUCAAACAGGAACAGGAGACUCUGACAUUUAUUCGAGAGAAUCUGGAGAAGAGUGAUCAGCUGACUAAAGGAAUGGUGUCGAUCCUGUCGUCGUUCGAGAGCCGGCUCAUGGCCCUGGAGAACUCCAUCAUCCCGGUGCACAAGCAGACGGAGAACCUGCAGCGGCUCCAGGAGAACGUGGACAAGACGCUGUCCUGCCUGGACCACGUCAUCAGCUACUACCACGUCGCCAAGGACACCGACAAAAUCAUCAAGGAGGGACCCACUGGGCGGCUGAACGAGUAUCUCGUCUGCAUCGCCAGGAUCCAGAAAGCUGUGGAGUAUUUUCAGGACAACAAUCCAGACAGUCCUGAGCUCAACACCGUGAAAGUGCGGUUUGAAAAAGGUAAAGAGCAGCUGGAGGCGGAGUUUCGUGCACUCCUGACGCGCUACAGUAAGCCGGUCCCGCCCGUCCUGAUCUUGGACGCGAUCGGUGGGGACGAGGAGCUGGAGGGCGAGGUCACGCUGGAGCAUCUUCCCGAAGCCGUGCUGCAGGACGUCAUCUGCAUCGCGGGGUGGCUGGUGGAGUACGGACGCAACCAGGACUUCAUGAACGUUUAUUACCAGAUCCGCUCCAGUCAGCUGGAUCGCUCCAUCAAGGGUCUGAAGGAUCAUUUCCGUAAGAACAGCGCCUCCUCCGCGCUGCUGUACUCUCCCGCCGUGCAGACCAAACGCAAGGACACGCCCACCAAAAAGGUUCCUAAGCGACCAGGGACGAUCCGUAAAGCUCAGAACCUGCUGAAACAGUACUCUCAGCAUGGCCUGGACGGGAAAAAGGCCUCUAACCUCACUCCUCUAGAAGGUUACGAUCUCGAGCCGCGCGGGGUUAAGCACCUGUCGGACGCACUGAGUGACAAGCACGGGGCUUCAGCAGGGAAAGACGAUGUGAUGGACGUGGAGAUCGACUCGUACAUCCACUGUAUCAGUGCGUUUGUGAAGCUGGCGCAGAGCGAGUACGCCUUACUGACCGAGAUCAUCCCGGAACAUCACCAGAAGAAAACCUUCGACUCGCUCAUACAGGAGGUGUUAGAUAACCUGAUGCUGGAUGGUGAUAACAUCGUAGCAGCCGCACGCAGAGCGAUCAUGAGACACGAUUACUCGGCCGUCCUCACCAUCUUCCCCAUCCUCCGUCACCUCAAACACACCAAACCUGACUUCGACUCCACACUGCAGGGCACGGCGGCAAGCACAAAGAACAAACUCCCGACUCUGAUCACGUCCAUGGAGACAACGGGAGCCAAAGCGCUGGAGGAGUUCGCCGACAGCAUCAAGAACGAUCCAGAUAAGGAGUACAACAUGCCUAAAGACGGGACUGUACAUGAGCUCACCAGUAAUGCGAUUCUGUUCCUGCAGCAGUUGUUGGAUUUCCAGGAGACGGCCGGGGCGAUGUUAGCCUCUCAGGUCCUCGGGGACACUUACAAUAUUCCUUUAGACCCCCGAGAAACGAGUUCAUCAGCCAGCAGCUACAGCUCUGAGUUCAGCCGCAGACUCCUCAGCACCUACAUCUGUAAAGUACUGGGAAACCUGCAGCUGAAUCUGCUGAGUAAAUCCAAAGUGUAUGAGGAUCAGGCUCUCAGCGCCAUCUUCCUCCACAACAACUACAACUACAUCCUCAAAUCCCUGGAGAAGUCGGAACUGAUCCAGCUGGUGGCUGUGACGCAGAAGAAAGCAGAGAGCUCCUACAGAGAACUGAUCCAACAGCAGAUACUGACCUACCAGCGCAGCUGGAUGAAGGUAACAGAUCACCUGACUGACCGCAACCUGCCUGCAGUACAGCCUGGAACUAAGUUGAAAGACAAAGAGCGUCAGGUGAUCAAAGAUAAAUUUAAGGGUUUUAAUGAUGGUCUGGAGGAGCUGUGUAAGAUUCAGAAGGUUUGGGCGAUUCCUGAUAAAGAGCAGCGUGAUGCGAUUAGACACGCCCAGAAAAAGCUUAUCUCUGACGCGUACAGAACCUUCUUACAAAGGUGUGCGAACAUGCAAUUCACCAAGAACCCGGAGAAGUACCACAAAUACACUCCGGAUCACGUGGAGGAGAUGAUAGACAAGCUGUUCGACACCUCUGCCUAAACCCCGCCCACUACACGCUUGUUGGUUGUAGCCACGCCCUAACUUCCUGUUUUCCUGCUGCUUUAUAAUGUGUCUUGUUUCUGUAUUAAAUCUGUAAAUACAUUCAGUUUAAUGUCCAAUAAAGGGUUUCACUGUA